AAGCUGCUCUAGUUGUCAUGUGAGUGGUGAUCAUAUGAUUUUUGGAGUGACCGGGGCUGGAAGGCUUGCAGUGAUGGAGCUCUCCUGGGCUUUUAGGCUUGUGUUUGGGACGACGAUACUAUGGGGAACUGCGGCCACGUGUGGCUACGAGUCCUGUCCUGUGACAAAGCCUGAUAUGCUGAAUGUCCACCUUAUCCCCCAUACGCAUGAUGAUGUGGGCUGGCUGAAAACGGUGGACCAGUAUUUCUUUGGAGUUCGCAAUGACAUCCAGCAUGCUGGGGUGCAGUAUAUCCUAGAUUCUGUCAUACCACAGCUGCUGGCUGACCCCAGCAAGCGUUUCAUCUAUGUGGAGGUGGUCUUCUUUGCCCAUUGGUGGGGGCUGCAGACUGAAGACAUGCGUAGUACUGUGCGGCAGCUUGUUGCUGAAGGGCGUCUGGAGUUUGUGAACGGCGGUUGGUGCAUGAAUGACGAGGCUUCCGUGCACUACAGUGCUGUCAUUGAUCAGAUGAGCCUCGGGCUCCAUUUCCUGCAAAAGACAUUUGGCGAGUGUGGCCGGCCUCGUGUGGCUUGGCACAUCGACCCUUUUGGGCACAGCCGUGAGCAAGCCUCGCUCUUUGCACAGAUGGGCUUUGAUGGUUUCUUUGUGGGCCGCAUUGACUACCAGGACAAGGGCACGCGUAAGGCUCUGUGUGAGAUGGAGCAGCUGUGGCGUGCAAGCAGCAACCUGGACCCCCCUGUGGCGGAUCUCUUUACUGGUGUCCUACCAAAUGGCUAUGACCCACCCAUGUCUCUCUGCUGGGAUCAGAUCUGCUCAGACAACCCCAUUGUGGACGAUGACAGUGAUGAGAACAAUGUGCAUGCUAUAGUGGCCUAUUUUCUGGGGGCUGCAGCUGCCCAGGCCAAAACGUAUCGCACCAACCACAUUGUUAUGACCAUGGGCUCCGAUUUCCAAUAUGAGAAUGCCAAUCUGUGGUACAAGAACAUGGACAAGCUCAUCAAGCAUGUCAAUGCACAGCAAUUGAAAGGGAUGCAUGUCAAUGUCCUCUACUCAACCCCAAGCUGCUACUUGUGGGAGCUGAAUAAGGCCAACCUGUCAUGGUCUGUGAAAUAUGACGACUUCUUUCCAUAUGCUGAUGAUGCUCACCAUUUCUGGACUGGUUACUUCACCAGCCGUCCAGCUUUGAAACGCUACGAGCGCCUCAGCAACAACUUCCUGCAGGUCUGCAACCAACUAGAGGUGGUGGCUGGACCACAAGCCAACAGGGGACCUUAUGGCAAGGCCAACAGUUCUGUACUACGCCAGGCUAUGGGAGUUGCCCAGCACCAUGAUGCAGUGAGCGGCACAGCAAAGCAGCAUGUGACCAAUGAUUAUGCCAAACAGUUGUCUGCUGGCUGGGAUGUCUGUCAGAUUGUUGUCAGUAAUGCCUUGGCCAGUAUUGUUGGCAGGAAGGAUAACUUCAUCUAUUGCACCUACCUCAACAUCAGUGUCUGCCUGCUGACUGAAUCUGCUCCAACCUUUACAGUGAUUGUCUACAACCCUCUGGCACGCCCUGUGAACUGGAACAUCCGGUUGCCAGUGAAUGGUAGCCGCUACUCCGUUCUCGCUCCUGAUGGUCAGGCUGUUCUGAAUGAGGUGCUUCCUGUAUCGAGCUUCACCCGUGCUGUGCGGCGAGAUCGGGGCGAUGCUGUCAAUGAGCUGGUAUUCCAAGCAUCUGUCCCACCACUGGGCUAUACCUCCUAUGCCAUCUCCAAGCUGUCUGGCAGGCACACAGCCCGCUCCAGACUGCUGAGGAGGCCAUACAAUGAAGCCUUGCCUGGAACGGAGCCUUUGGCAAUCCAGAAUGAGCAUCUACGGGUUCUGGUUGACUCCAAAACGGGACUCCUGAUGGAGAUCAAGAACUUGGAGAAGAACAUCUCAUUGCCCGUGUCGCAGAACUUCUUCUGGUACAAUGCCAGUGCUGGAGAUAUGGAGGAUUCCCAGGCUUCUGGAGCCUACAUCUUCCGUCCCAAUGCUUCUGAGCCCUUCCCCAUUGGCCGGGGAGCCCACUUCUAUCAUGUUAAGACCCCAGUGGUUGAGGAAGUGUACCAGAACUUCUCUGACUGGUGCUCCCAAGUGGUACGGCUCUAUGCUGGGCAGCCAUACGUUGAAUUCGAAUGGACGGUAGGACCCAUCCCUAUCCGAGAUGGUCUUGGCAAGGAGAUCAUCAGCCGCUUUGAGACAAACCUACAGACGGAUGGGCGUUUCUACACAGAUGCCAAUGGGCGUGAGAUCCUCGAGAGGAGGCGCGAUUACAGGGCCAUGUGGAAAUUUAACCAGACUGAGCCUGUGGCUGGCAAUUAUUACCCUGUGAACAGUCGCAUCUACAUCAAGGACCAGAAAGUCCAACUAACAGUACUGACGGACCGCUCGCAAGGAGGCAGCAGCAUCUUUGACGGCUCUCUUGAGCUCAUGGUACAUCGACGGCUUCUGCACGAUGAUAAUCGGGGUGUAGGGGAGCCACUACUGGAACCUGGGGUGUAUCAUGAUGGGCUGGUGGUCCGGGGCCGCCACCUCAUCCUCUUAGACACAGCAGAGGCGUCAGCUGAGCAACACCGGCUGCAUGCCCAGCAGGAAUUUAUGGCGCCACAGCUGGUGCUGACACUCGGCGGGGGACCCCCAUAUUCUUGUGAUCAGCACUACCUCAAGCAGUUCUCUGCUCUGAACCAUACCCUCCCUUCAAAUAUCCACUUGCUCACAUUGGCCCAGUGGGAACCUGACUCCAUUCUGAUCCGCCUAGAGCACCAGUUUGAGCGUGGGGAGAGUGCCAAUGGCUCCAUGCCCGUCACCAUUAACUUGCUGGGUUUGUUUUCUACUUUCCAAAUCACUGCUGUGCAAGAGAUGAAUUUGGCUGCUAAUCAGAAGCGUGAGGACAUGAGCAGGCUGAUCUGGCAGCCAGCUGAAGGACCAGCAAAACGGCAGUCCAGCCCCAAGCUUGACCCGGAACACAUCACGCUACAACCUAUGGAAAUCCGAACUUUCCUCGCCCGCAUUCAGCACAUACCAUGGCCUGAGAGAGUGAUCUGAGCCAAGGGAUCCGCAUCCGAUCCUUUAUUCUGUCCAAAGGGAGUUUGAAAUUGCCUCAAGAAAUGGAAGCACACUGGGGCUCUCCUCAGGGACUUUAAGAUGAGGGAUGCACCUCUUCUCUGUGCCAAACAUUCCUGUGUCUUAUGAGAGAGAUUUGCUCAGGCUACUUAAAGAAGUACCCUGUUCUUGUGAUGUGAUUUUUCUUUUGGAGAAUGGGAAAGGGAUCUCUGCAAAAGGUCCUCCUGUAAUAUGAGUGAGAAGUUACUGUGGAAAUGUUGGAUUACUUGGAGUACUGCAAGUGCAAUAACUAACUUUUCAGUAAACCACUUAAAUGUACACUGCAAUCAAGAAAACCAUUAUACUUCUCCUGAUUAGGCUAAUGUCCAGGGUACAUUCUUGUCCUGACUUUCUCCUGUGUGGAAUUCAGCGAUGGUCUUCCCUAAAUAAAGCUGUAAAUAUCAAAACAGCAGAAGAGCAAGCCCCAAUAUGGAAGACGCAGGUGCCUGGAAAAUAAGCUUCAGUUUCCUUAUCAAACCAGCCCAAUUCAGCUCACUAGGGCAGAUCCAUUUCAUAUUAACAUCUCUCAACAUUAUCCUUUUCAAGUUAGAGCCAUGUCAGUUUCAAUUCAUAGGCAGAGAGACUCCCAAGUGUAAGACUGAAUCAGACCCAUCUCUGACCAUGUUCAAAAAUCACUUGACUCAAGUAACUUUGUUGUGGAGAUCAAAAAACAAACAACCUGCCAAUAAAAUGGAUCUACAUUUUGGGAAGGAGUAAGGUAAGUAAAGGUGAAGAAAAAGAUUGGCUGACAUGGUGUACUGUGCUGUUGGACUGGAGCGAACUUCCCAAAUUCUGCUGUUGAAGCGAACUCUUGAGUUAUUUGGCUGAUGGCAGCAACAUCCCCUUCAGAGACCACUCUGUCCUCUCAUCCCACCCCCAAACCAGCUUGAAAACAGGGUGCCAUAACCUAGCAUUAGGGUUACCCAUUUGCAAGUGAGAAGGGAAGUUACUUGCUGAAUGGGGCUUAAAUAGUGCAGAAGAUAAUUCCUUAGUUUUAGGGUAAAGAUACAGGGUUCUUCAUACCUCUAGGAUCCCCAGAAUGUCUACUCUCAGCACCUCAGUGUUAUUACAUAACAUAUCUAAAAAAAGGAUGCCAAAGUCAGUUUGUAAGAUCACCAGAAAAACAACUUCCUUUCAGCCAGCACUACCCAAAGAAGAGAAAGGGAGAAAAAGAUCAGGCUGUCUUGCAAGAAGCCUGUGACGUCAAACUGAAGGUACUUAAGGGGAAGGAGCAGCUUUAUCAGGACUGCCCCUGGCAAACCGGGGCAGUCCUUUCAGGAGGUGUGCUCAGGCUCUCACCUCAGGAGGUGGAUUAUUGGGGUGGGGGCAAGAUGGCCCAAUGCUGCCAUCUGACCAACUCUUUGGGGCUGAUCUGAUCCUUGCAGGAAGCACAAGGGAGAAGAGGGUCUGUUUCAAAAGGGAGCUAGACCUCAUCAGGAUCAUAGGGGAAAAUAUGUGGUGCUACAAUUGGGCCAGCCCUGCUGGCAAACCACCUGUUCCUCUAGGUUGGAAGGACAAGAGCAAGAGUUGCUGGUGCAGUCAUGCAUUAGGAUGAGCUUACAAUAGCAAGGGAAGAGCCCCUCUUUCUGUUGCAGCAUUUGAAGAUCAUUUUUGUUAACAAGGAAAAGAGCUGGUUUUGUGGUAGCAAGCAUGACGUGUCCCCUUAGCUAAGCAGGGUCUGCCAUGCUUGCAUAUGAAUGGGAGACUAGAAGUGUGAGCACUGCAAGAUCUUCCCCUUAGGGGAUCUUGCUGCUCUGGGAAGAGUUCCAAGUUCCCUCCCUGGCUUCUCCAAGAUAGGGCUGAGAGAGAUCCCUGCCUGCAACCUUGGAGACACCACUGCCAGUCUGUGUAAACAAUAUUGAGUGAGCUAAACCAAUGGUCUGACUCAGUAUACAGCAGCUUCCUGUGUUCUUAACUGGGCUGGAAGGAUGAACCACAUGGAACUAGUGUGUGAACUGGGAGAUUACCAAAUAUGAAUCAAGCACCAUAAAGAGGUGACACCAUCAUUUAAUGGCAGGCACAUUAUAAUGGACAGUCAUUUUAAAAAAGAGGUUUUCUGUUGCUGCAAAAAUAAAAAAACCCAAAGCAGA